AUGCUGUUACAACCUAUCAGCAAACGGUGUCGCUGGACCCCGUUUGCCGGGCCUAUUAAAAGAUGGAAUUCCUCCACCACGAAUGCUGGAAUGCAAUUUUCAUUCAAGGACAUAUCCAAUCAAGAGGAGAUCUCCAAUAUCUCAUAUCCUUCGACGUCCAGUUCUGAUUUCAAGGCGGGGAGCAGUGGCACUGAGGCGUACAAGCCGCAAGAGGAGGUAGUCAAGUACAUUCUCCAUGGGAAGUUCUCGAAGAAUAACACACACCUGACGUUUUCAAGCGUGAUGGAGGACAAGAAUUUCCACAAAAAUAAGGGCCUGACGUAUAACGAUACGAUGCUGUACUACUUGAACUUGCCACAGAAGGUCAGGAUCUCGAUAUCCACCGGUUGUUUAGGGUUCAGGAAGGCCGCUAGAGGGGAAUAUGAGGCUGCAUUCCAGACCAGCAGCAGAAUGUUUGAACUGAUCAAGGAGAAGGGUAUGCUGAGCAAAGACAUCGAAGUGGUGAUGGACGACUUUGGCAAGGGGCGGGCCGCUUUCAUCUCUGCUCUAGUGGGCAAGGAGGGUGCCAAUGUGGUGAAGAAAGUUGUGAAGAUCAGCGACGCCACCAAGUUGAAGUUUGGUGGUGUCAGGUCUCCGAAGAUGAGAAGACUAUGA